CGGGGGCGGGCGCCGCUGCGUCUCAGCCGCGGGACGUCUCCCGCCACGCGGCAACUAUCCUCGGCAUCCUGCGCGACCAGCACGCCAAGGACAAGAAGGCCACCCUCAUCCAGCUGGUGGACCUGUGGCGCGGCAGCAAGGACGCGGUGGGCCGGGAGGCCAAGGCCAUGAGCAAGGACGAGAAUGAGGCGGUUGUUGCCGCCAUGACGUACGCGGGGCUACUGGAGUUUGAGUUCGGGCACACGGCCUACGCCACCAACGCCUACCUCAGGGCCUCCGCGCGAGGCCAGCAGCUGCUGGAUGCCUACGAGGCGGGCGACACCAAGAAGCUGCGCCUGCUGCUGCCCUCCCACCCGUCCUCGCCCUCCAGCACUGCUGCCGGCGCCUCUGCUGCUUCCCCAUCCGGCAAGAAGACCAAGGCCGCAACUGCAGCCGCGGCAGCCGCCCCUUCACCCGCCCCUGCAAUUCGCAGCACUAGCGAUGGAGGAGACGGUGGUGGUGGCGGUCCCAUGCGGGCCUCCCUGGAGAGCUGGCGGACGCAGCGGGCUCGCAGCCUGCAGGUGUUCCCUCACUCGGUGCUGCCCACGGAGCAGAUGGUGGCGCUGUGCGCGCUGCAGCCGCCGGUGACGGAGGCGGCGCUGCGGGAGGUGGUGGGUGUGCGCAGGUACGAGCUGUACGGCAGUGAGCUGACGGAGGUGUUGGAGGGGAGGUACCAGCCGCCGCCGGAGGGGGCGGAUGUGGGACAGCCGGCUGGUGGUAAGGCGGCGGUGGCAAAGCCGGUUGGCGAGAAGCAGGAGGGGAAGGAGGAGCAGCAGCCGAAGUCAGAGCAGAAGUGCCAGGGCGAUUCGGACGUCGUCCUGGUGGAUGAUUCCGACGAGGAGGUGGUGGAGGAGGAGAAGAAGGACGUGGGGAAGAAGCAGAAGAAGGAGAAGCAGUCUAAGAGCAAGCGGAAGUCGCAGCAGCAGGACGCAGGAGAGGAGGCGGCUGACGCGACCGGCAAGGCACGACGGCGGAGCGGCAAGAAGGCGUCUGCGACGACGGAACGGAAGAGCUGCUCGGGGAGCGAGGAAGAGGGGAAGGGCAGCGG